ACGAACAACUCGAAUAUCAUAAAACCAAAAUUUGAAUCCUGACAGACAAUUUAAUCACAAUGUCACUCGCGGAAGAACAGCAGUCUCUACAAGCCAAAAACAAGCAGGUGGUGUCUGAGUACACAGCCGAAUUCUGGGGCAAAGGUAAUACGGAUAUUGUAGAUAAACUCUGUUCUGACGACUUUGUGUCCGACUGCCCAUUGCACGGCCGGAGGCAAGGAAAAGCUCAAGUGAAGAAGAUGAUACUUGAUUUCAGAGAGGCUUUUCCCGAUUUUGUAAUCCAUGCAUAUGGAUCAAUUCCCAUGAUAGCAGAAAAUGACUAUGUGGUGGUGCGCUGGAUUGGUGGCGGCAAACAUACUGGUCCUGCGUUUGAUGAUUUGCCAAUCGGCCGACUUCCAGGCCAAAAUACAGGCAGGGUGAUCCAAUUUUCUGGCACAACGAUUUAUACAUUGAGAGAUGGCAAAAUCAUUGAAGAAGUGGCCGAAGAGGGUGCGCUGACUGCACUCCAACAGCUGGGAAUACUCAGCAGUGCGAGCACUGCUGAUUGAAUGGGGAACAAACAACAAGGCCUGAUGCAGGCAUCGAGUGACCCAGUUUGUGGGCGGGUAUCCCUGAAUUUGCCAUGAAUUGUCAUGCUCCUCCUGGGAAUCCGCUGUUAAUUGGUCACAAAAGUGUUGGUUGACUAGUUACUAGAUUACCGCUUUCGGAGAGCACCUGAACACAUCAACUUUAGUCAGUCAGCUUCUUGGGUUUGACUUUCCUUAGAAAAUUCAGCAUUUGAUUCAGGUG